UGCUGCUUUCCUAUCCGAUCGUUCUGGCGGAAUUUUGCCUGUGCAGCCCUUCACCACUCCCCUUCCUUUCAACCUCUCCCUCUGCGAUAAAAUGGCCGACACCGAGGGUGCAGGCGCCUCCUCCGUCUCUGAACCGCUGGACUUGGUCCGCCUCUCUCUCGACGAGAUUGUCUUUGUCAAGCUGCGGGGUGAUCGCGAACUCAAGGGUCGUCUACACGCUUAUGACAGUCACUGCAACCUAGUGCUGGGCGAGGUUGAGGAGACAAUAUACGUGGUCGAGGAGGACGAGAACGAGCAGGAGCACAUUCGCACGAUCAAAAAGCAAGAAGAGAUGCUGUUCGUUCGAGGUGACUCGGUUGUCCUAAUUUCUCCCCAAGCCUGAUCAAUUCAAUAUUGAGACACAAUGGAUACAAUAAGUCUAGAAUGACAAGCACCAGCUGCGAGUCACUAACCGCAACGAGUCCCCGACUUGACGAGUCAUGAGGAUGGGACAACGAAUCUGGCGAUGGCCCAGACAAACUUAGAAGAUAACCGGACAUGGUCUUCACAGUGGUGAUGACUCCCACGCACUGUUGCUUUCCUUAGGUUCACCUGGAUUUGUGGUGCUCUGGGAGCAUAAAUCAUGUGAACCAUAGGGUCGAUGGCGAUAUGUUUCCUUCGGAGGUUAAUUGUUAGAGUAUUAGUGAAUAAAUUACAAAAUCCGAAGGCCAAAUUGUAGCAAGUCACUCUCUCCGGCUUUCAGAAGGAACAGCC